AAAGCGCAGAGCAUUAUUACCCCUCCUCCAGGCAGCUCCGGUCACCUAGGCCUCCACACCACAGGGGUUUAAAAAAAAAAUCACAUUUGAUCAGAAGAAUCUUUUCUGUCUAAAAAAGAAACUGGUCAUGCGAUGCGAUUGUUUUCUGCCGGAGGAAAGAAGGAAAAACUAGAUAAGACCUGUUGGCGAUGAUGGAUUACUCAAAGGCGCAAAUGUCAAGCUUGUCUGAGGAGGGCAGUUCAGCUGCGUGUCCUCAGUCCAGUCCUGCUGGGGUGAAGCUGGAGGCGUUGAUGGAACAGCUGCAGAGACAACAAGAAGCCAAACUGGAGAUGAGCUUGCAAGAGAAACAUCUUCUUCAAGCUCAGCUCCUGUUUGCUCAACACGCUGCUGCUGCAGCCAGAACCUCUGGCUCCAAACUAGACUCUGCAUUAUUUGGCAAAGCAGAUGGACAGUCUAAUAAAGAAGCUCAACAAGCUCUGAACAUCCAUCUCAGCAGAAUGGAUCCAAAUGAAGAAGAUGAAGACACAGAUGAGGAGGAACGGGAGAUGGUGGAUGAAGAUGAUGAGGAGGAAGAGGAGGAGGAGGAGGAGGAUGGGCCUUAUCAACAGGCAAAGAAGCCUAGACUCCAGCAGGUUCCUGGCUUCCCCUUCCCGCCUUAUUCUGCAUCUCAGUCAACUGCUGUGAAGCAAAUGUCUGAAUCUCCACCUUCAGCAAUAAAACAGGAGAAUGAAGAGAAGGACCUCCUGUCUCCUGCAGGUCAACACUCCUUCACAUCACCCAAUGGCUUCACUGACUGGGGCUAUGAUGAGCCAUUUAAACAAAGAGGAAGUGCCAUCUGGGCUGAGGAGAAUGAUGGAGGAAAAGUAAAAGGAGAACCAUCCAGGGACUUUGCCAAGCUUUAUGAACUGGACAAUGACCCACAGCGGAAGGAGUUUCUUGAUGAACUCUUUAUCUUUAUGCAGAAACGAGGAACUCCUGUGAACCGCAUCCCCAUCAUGGCAAAGCAGGUGCUGGACCUGUACAGGCUUUAUAAGCUUGUGACAGAGAAGGGAGGCCUGGUGGAGGUUAUUAACAAGAAGAUCUGGAGGGAAAUCACCAAAGGUCUCAACCUCCCCACAUCGAUCACCAGCGCAGCUUUCACCCUCCGCACCCAGUACAUGAAGUAUUUGUACCCAUUUGAGUGUGAGAAGAAGGGGCUGAGUUCUCCCGGUGAGCUACAGGCAGCCAUCGACAGUAACCGCCGAGAAGGUCGACGUCCCAGCUACACCAGCAGCCUGUACCGCUUCUCCCCCUCCCCGAGCUCCGCUCCACACGCCCUCCUCUCUUCUCCCACAAUGCAAACCACGCCGACUGCACACAACAGCCGGAAUACGUCCGCUAGUCCACAUCUAAAGAGAAACACAGAUGAGACCCCUGUAAUACCUAGCCGGCUGCCCAUGGCUCUGGCACUGGGGCAGCAGCAACAGCAGCAGCUGGCACAAGCUGCCACAUUAGAGCAUCUCAGAGAGAGGCUGGAGCGAGGAGCAGGAGGAGCUGCAGCCGAUGCUCCGGAGAAGAAGAUGAUGCGACUGGCGGAGGAGCAGCAGCGCCUCAUGCAGCAAGCUCUCCAACAAAACCUCCUGGCCAUGGCCUUCAACCCAAUGAACCUCAAGCUUAACAAUGGACAUGAGAGCAAACAGGAUUUGGCUCUGAGUAUCUCCACAAAUGGAGCAACCAGUAUCAGUGUAUCUGUGGAGGUCAAUGGCACUAUUUACUCAGGAACACUGUUUGCCCAGAAGUCAGCUGCUCCUGUGGCGUCACAGGCUGUCACUUUGGCAGGAACAAGUGGUUUCAGUGCCCUCUCGUCCUCGCACAGUCCCUCUUCUUCAUCUUCCACCUCCUCAAAGGGGCCAAAUUAAGGCUCACCAGCUUUUUAAAUCUGUUCUGAGCAAAACGAUUACACAGUAUUCCUCGCUUUUCAGACAAGAACUAUACAAACUCGAGGGAAAUUCAGCUGCAACCCAUGAAGCAAAUGAGUUUUUUCUAGCAUUGUUUUUCCAUUACUUUGAGAGCGUAAUGUGCUUUAAAUGAUUCUUGUCAAGAGGACAUUGAUGUUUGACCUCAGAGGCUUCCAAACUGACUGUAAUGUAGAUUCAGAUCACAAUUUACCUUAGUGCCUGUCAGAACUGUUUAAAUGUAGUGGCGUUCAUGUAUAAAGGGUUGGCAGGGUUUGUCAGAAGUGGCGUUAGAGAAGAAAAGUGCACACUGAGAACCAACACCAAGCUUUUUUGGGUGUAAGCUACAUUUAUAGCUAAUUAUUACACAGGUCUGUAGCUCCCUUUUUCAUAGUCAUCAGUAGAACAGUGUGAUUAGCCAAAGUGCAGCUAAUGAAGACCAAAAAAACAUAGCUCAGUGUCAUAGCUCCUGGCUGUAACUGUUUAGCUGACGCCAUUUUUUUCUCUUUUGGGAAAAAUUUGGUUUAAUUUGAGCAAAAGGUAAUGGUUUAUAAUUUUCAUAACAGCUUUCAGGAAUUAUGCAUGUCAUCGGUUUUCCAGAAGUUGC